CUACUUGGCCGCUCAUCCGUCUGCGUCCCGCGGGAUAUGGAAACACAUCACGUGAGCUGAUCCUCGGAGGCAGGUCCGCUUGGCGUCGUUUCGACGCCUCCAACAUUCGUAACUUUGCCAUUUUCCUUGCAGGUUGGAUCCAUGACAGCUGAAAUGACGGACAUGCCGAAGUUCGGCAGCACGCCGAGGGAGCUGUUAGCGGACUUGCUGCAGAAGCUGAAGACCGAGAGCGAGGCAGCCAAUGAGCGCGUGUCUGAGCACGCGGGAAGCUUCAAGCGGAGGAGGCUAGUGGAGUUUGUUUUCCUAAUAUGCGAAGAACUUAAACUGGAACCAUUCAUUAAAUUCCAAACAAUAGAAAUAUUUGAAAGGUAUAUGAUAAGACAUGUUGAGUCGUUGUUUUAUAAUGCUUCAGCUCAUUAUGCUCCAGAAACCCAAGAUAUUCAAGAGUUUCUGGGCCAGAAGCUGUUUGAAGAAAUAAAUCUUCUUCUUUUCUCCUGCAUUCAAAUAACAAGCAAACUGUCUUUAAGAUGCAAUUUUGAUAAAACAGACACAGCUCUUACAGUCCUGAGGUCUUUGGGGUUUUCAUAUAAGAAGGAAACAAUUUUGGAAAGUGAGCUCAGAAUCCUUAAAACACUAAACUUUUCUCUCAAUGUCCAAAAUCCACUGAUGUACAUUGAAACAUUGCUUGAAGUCUGGGGAUAUAAUGACUCUGCUGUCCCUAUUAUAGAUGUGUAUAAGACUUGCCUUGCUGUUCUUCAGUUUGUUUACCUACAGAGGAAUCCCAUUUAUCAGAAACUACUUGUGGCAGCUGUUGGAAACUCAAACCCAACUGAAGUCCAAAGAGUAAAGUUUUUGUCAGUGAAAGAAGACUGCAUGCUUUUAGCUGUGAGUGUAAUUUCAGUCAGUGCCUUCAUUGUUAACUUCACCUCCUGGACUCAGAUCUUGGAAGAAUUAAGCAGUAUAACUGGAAUUACUGCCGAUAACAUCUCUGAUAUCUCAUGUUUCAUAUUAAAGCACAUUUUGGAGAACUGAACUUCUCUUAUAUCCAGGCAAAAGGAAAUUAAGAAUGCUACUUACACA